AUGGCAAAUGAGUAUGGAUUAGGGUUUGGUUCGAUUUUGGCGGUUGUGAUCGUUGCGAUAGUGAUACUGUUCGUACCGUUGAUGAUGGGACCGGUGGCUCCUCCGUCUCCUCCACUUAUCUUGGUGUUUCCGGUCAUCUUGCUCUGUGUGUUUCUCUAUCUUCACUUUACUUCUAAGUGA